UUGGAUGAGGAAUAGCCGAGUGGGCAUAACACGGAAAAUAUAGCGACAGGAGGAGUCGUACGGCCUUCGGCGUUGCAGACGAUCAUAGUUUCUUAACCUAAUUCGCACUAUUGACACGCUGUCGCGGUGAUAACCGGAUAAAUUAUAUAUGGUGUCAAUCCUGCAGGUGAAACGAGUGGAGGCGAUAAGUGAAAACGAUUUCGGCACUGUAUUAUUGUGUCAGUCGAAAUGAAUAAAUCAACGAAUAAUUAGUUAUGGAAGAGUAAACAUAACGAUACUAGUCUAGCAAAAUGAGGACAAUCAACCCGACGUCAUCGAUCGACCGCUUUCGGGUCUAAGGAAAACGGCCACGAUUCUAACCCCACUAAAAUAUAAAACAAAGAACCAAAGGAAAAAAAAAUAUAUAAUAACAAAAAAAAGUAUAAUAACAGUAAUAAUAACAAUAGAUUGUCUUACAAAAACUCGAUACAGAAGGAGAAAAAGAAGAAAAAAAAACAAUAAUCAAGAGAACUAUUCCUGAAGUGUAACAUCUGGCAAAUUAAAUAACCAACUGACAUAAAAACAAGCAAUGCCUUCGAGACGAUCUAAGGGUGGGCUCUUAGCCCGAGUUAACUUCCCACUGUACACGCUCCAAAUGUUGACUAGUCGCCAUGUCUUGGUUGGCGGCGGUGGCGGUUCCUCAAAAACUGGAGUCGCUAAUGGAUUUGAAAUAUUUGAACUUUUCCAUGACGGAGUUCAGUUUGUGGCGGAGGAGGUAACGAGACAUGAAACAGGACCCAGUGUGGUGAUGAACUGUGCGUCUCAUAAUGACGGGAAGAGGACUGUGGUCGUGGCUGGUCAAGAGAGCCACUGCCAGCUAUACAACGUCAAUAUGAAGAUAAUCACUCUUGAGAACGGAGAAGUCGCUAAAGGAAGUGUAACCGGAACAGGCACAGCGACUGCGGGACUCCGGCAGCGCAGGAGAAGUGAGAGGGAUGAUGCAGAAAGGGAAAAGGAAAAGCUGAAACAGGAGAGAGUCGAGGAAGUUGUCGAUAGUAAUUCUAAUGUCCGACACAAAAAGCUGCAGCUCAUCAUCAAACCAGCUGACAGCAUUCAGACCGAUUUUAGUAAAGUCGAGCCGUUGCAGCGAAUAGUGCGAGUGAGUCCAACAGGAAAGUACAUGGCGACCGGAGGAACGGACGGCCAUGUUCGUCUGUGGAAGUUCCCGCACAUGACGAAGGUGCACGAGAUGAUUGGGCACAGUAAGGAGAUAGAUGACAUGGACUUCAGCCCAGGAGGCGAGAGCUUGGUGACGAUAGCCAAGGACGGAAAGGGGUUCAUCUGGGACGUAGCUUCCGGGGAGAAACGGAAAGAGCUGUGUUGGGCGGUUCCGGAAGGCGCGAAGUAUAUGUACAAACGGUGCCGAUUCCGCCUGGUGGAGGAGGACAAGGCAAGGACGCACUUGUUCAUCCUCUCGAACGCCACGGCCAGCAAGAACCCGAGUUUUCUUCAACUAUGGGACGUCGACGGCGGCGCCGUGCUCAAGUCUGCGCCCUACAAGGAGACCCUGUCAGCUCUCGCCGUCUCCGACAACGGCAGGUUCGUAGCCGUUGGCACGAUGUUCUCCGGCAACGUCGAUAUCUUCAUCGCAUUCAGCCUCCAACGUGCCCUCCACGUUCCCGGGGCCCACAGCAUGUUCAUCACCGGCCUCGAGUUCCUACCAACGAAACUCGACGGCCCUGCCAUCACCAGCAAUACCGAGGCGGCCGUCGUCAGCAUCUCUGUAGACAACAGGAUAUGCGUUCAUAGCAUUCCAUUCAGACACACGCUGCCGUUCUGGAUUGUGAUUAUUCUGAUCGUCUUGAGCAUAUUUGGAGCUUUCGUAGUUUGCAGCUAUCUCGGUAUAUGACCCAUGCACAGAGAAGCGAAGAUAAUGAAUGACGUGACAAGACAUGUUGAGUGAUUGAAAAUUAUCGCCAGUAGGUUAAGAGAAGACAAAAGGGGAUAUGAACUCUGAGAGUUUUGAAUGCUCUUUAUCUAUUCAUAGAGGUUACGAUGUUAUGAAAUAUUUUUUGUAUAUAAGGUAGAUGAAUAAUUUGACGCUACGAUUUAUUGUUGGGUUUAAGUACGAUACUAAAGAAAUGUUGGCAGUCAACGAGAUUACUUUGCUGACAAAAAUUUAGAAUUCGAAAUUUUCACAGUAAUUGUAUUUAUUUAUGAUAUACGACUCGUAUUUUAUUUCAUAUGUAUAUCAACGGGGGAAUAAUUUUUUUUUACCGUUAAUUUUGACUUUUAACAUGCGUAAAUCUUGUCCAUUUCGGUGAAUAA